AGCCUUCCCCGGCAACGAUGAUGAGCAGGAACGUCGUCAACGCCGAAGGUCAAGAGUCAUUGACCUUCAAAGUGCCUGUGACUCCACCAUCAAUGACUCUGCAUCUCAAAGCGCCGCAGGGACUCCUGCUGCCGUGCCCAAGUUGUCAAAUGCACAGAUCUCAGAGCAUUACUCCACCUGCAUAAAACUGUCCACUGAGAAUAAAAUCACCACCAAAAAUGCCUUUGGUCUGCAUCUGAUCGAUUACAUGGCUGAUAUUCUCAAACAGAAGGAUUCUGAGAUCACAAACUUCAAGGUUGCAGCUGGCACUUUGGAUGCCAGUACAAAAAUCUAUGCCGUGAGGGUGGAUGCUGUUCAUGCUGAUGCCUACAGGGUGCUGGGUGGCCUGGGAGCUGAGACCAAACCUGGAGAGGACCAUGCUCUGAAUGAGGGGGACAGGGAUGAUGAUGGAGCUGAAGUGACGGCGAAACAGCCAAAGAAAAAGAGGCCUCCAAAGAGGACAGUGGAGCAGAACCUGAGCAACAUCAACAGCGCUGAGUCUGAGAGGAAGUGUGAGGUGGACCCCAUGUUUCACAGGAUGGCCUCAUCCUUCGAUGAGAGCAGCACAGCCGGCGUCUUCCUGUCAGUUCUCUUCAGUGAGAACAGUCGUUGCGAGUUGCUCUUUCCCUCCUACAUGACCCUCCUACAGUCAAGACCUUCUUAUUCUCCUCCACCUCCACAGGGAGUCUCUGCGUCUCCGUUCAAGGCCGGACUGCAGCGUUCCCAGGAGAAAAGCUCCAUCUGCCCCUCGCUGCAGGAUUUCUCCUUCACUAGCUGGAACCCUGAGCAGACCAUGAAUCAGCUCCUGGAGAAGAUGAACAAAGGCGAUCAUGUGUUUGAUGUGAAUGCUGAGCCCGAGCCUGAACCAGAAGAUGAUGAUGGCCCAGACUUUGAUGCAGAUUAUGAGGAAGGAUUUGGCGACAAUGAGGAAGGAUCCAAGGAGCACAAAGAGGGUUGUGAGGCAUCUGGUUCUGGCAAAGGAAGAGAUGUAAUUCCCAUCGGAGAGGGAGACAUUGCCACCAUGUGUAUGCACUUGUCCUCUCAGCCCAGGGAGUACUCAUACUUCAGCCCCAAGACCAUGGCCACGUGGGCUGGACCAGGUUACUGGCAGUUCAAACCAAAGCACAAAUUGGACCAUUUGCCUGACAAGGAGACACGUAAAAGGAAGCCCAAGAAGACCUUUGAAAUAGAUUUCAAUGAGGAUGUCAACUUUGACACCUUCUUCCGCACCACAAGGGCGGCCACCACCAACAGUAAGUCUGCCCUCAGUGCCAGCAAUAAGAAGACGACUCUACCAGCAGACUUCCAGUUUCCCCCAGAGACUCUGUCCCAGCUCAACCUCAAACCCUCCAGCUCGUUGAGUCAAGAAGGCCAGAAGAGGUUGUCUGGAGAGCUUGGAGAAGGUAUCGGAGACUAUGACUACAACAACGCCAACGACACAGCCAACUUCUGUCCAGGUCUCCAGGGUGGCGACAGUGAUGAUGAUGUUGAAGGGUUUGCCGGUUCAGACGAUACACAGCCUUCAAGUGACAGUUUACCUCCACCAUCUCAAGAUCUGGAGAACAUCUCCACGUAUGGGGAGGAGGAUUUGGUACCUGAACCACACAGGGUCAACAAGAUUGAGAUCAACUACGCAAAGACUGCAAAGAAAAUGGACAUGAAGAGACUGAAGACGAGCAUGUGGACUCUCCUCACUGAGAGCCCGGAAAAACCCACAGAGGUGGUGGAGAAAUCAGAGGUGUGUGGGGAGAAAGUCUUCAGUCAAACUACAAAGACGUUGCUUCAAAGAUUGCCUAACACAAUGGCCCAGAACCUGUCGGUCCCUCUAGCGUUUGUCGCUUUGCUUCAUCUCGCCAAUGAAAAGAAUUUGGAGUUGGUGAAGGUGGAUGACAUGUCAGAUAUCAUCAUCAGACAAGGCCACUGAGAAGAAAUAAUGAUGGGAUGUUUUAUGGAGAACCAGUGCUAUUUAUUUGUGCCAUUCUCUACUUAUUCAUCUAUUUUUACUCUGUGUAAUAUCUGAUG